GUUCACGUGACGGCAAAGAAGAAGCGAUUCACGAGAACAGCCGAGCCUCCCACCUUCUAUAACCGUCCUCAGAAAUGGCGGCGUGUGUGUGCCGAGUUGGGAGCACUGUUGGUCGAGUCCUUGCCAAGAACCGCAGUCCCAUCCUGCUGUCUCUGAGGCGUGGACAAGCCUCAGUUAGCUAUGCCCAGAGCCUGGUGGGAGCCCCUGAAACUCGCCUCACUGCUCUGGACAAUGGAUUGAGGGUUGCAUCUGAGGAGACUGGACAUGCCACAUGCACUGUUGGACUGUGGAUCAGUACUGGCAGUCGUUAUGAGAGUGAGAAGAACAAUGGGGCAGGCUUCUUCCUGGAGCACAUGGCUUUCAAGGGAACCAAGAAGCACCCUCAGACAGCCCUGGAGCAGCAGGUGGAGUCAAUGGGUGCUCACCUCAGCGCCUACACCUCCAGGGAGCACACUGCAUACUACAUGAAGACCCUGGCCAAAGACCUGCCAAAAGCCGUGGAGCUGCUGUCAGAGGUGGUGCAGAGCUGCUCACUGAACGAGGCAGAGAUCGAGCAGCAGAGGAGUGUUGUGCUGCGUGAGCUAGAGGAAGUCGAGGGUAACCUCCAAGACGUUUGCCUGGACCUGCUGCAUGCCACAGCCUUCCAGGGCACACCUCUAGCACACAGUGUGCUGGGACCCUCCAGCAAUGCCAGGACUCUGACCCGCCAGGACCUAGUGGAUUAUGUCAACAGCCACUACAAAGCUCCUCGCAUGGUGCUGGCUGCUGCUGGAGGUGUGAACCACGAGGAGCUGGUCGGUUUGGCCAAAUCUCACUUCAGCGGAGUGUCUUUUGAGUAUGAGGGAGAUGCCGUCCCUGUGUUGUCACCCUGCAGAUUUACAGGCAGUGAAAUCCGUAUGCGUGAUGAUGGUUUGCCUCUGGCACACGUUGCGAUCGCUGUGGAAGGGGCCAGUGCCACCAGCCCAGACAUCGUGCCACUCAUGGUGGCUAACUCCAUCAUUGGCAGUUUUGACCUCACCUAUGGUGGCGGAAAGCAUCUGAGCAGCCGUCUGGCUCGCCUGGCUGUGGAGGAAAAACUGUGUCACAGCUUCCAGGCCUUCCACUCCUCGUACAGUGACACUGGCCUGUUGGGCAUUCACUUUGUGGCUGAUAAGCACUACAUCGAAGACAUGAUGCACUGGUCCCAGAACGCCUGGAUGAACCUGUGUACCACAGUGACAGAGAGUGAUGUAGCGAGAGGCAAGAACGCUCUGAAGGCCAGCCUGGUUGGACAGCUCAAUGGAACAACACCAAUUUGUGAUGACAUUGGCAGACACAUCCUGAACUAUGGGCGCCGUAUUCCUCUGGCAGAGUGGGACGCUCGGAUUGAUGCCGUGACCCCCAGGAUGGUGCGUGACGUCUGCUCCAAAUAUAUCUACGAUAAGUGUCCUGCUGUGGCAGGUGUAGGUCCCGUCGAGCAGCUACCAGACUACAACAGAAUGCGUAGUGCCAUGUACUGGCUGAGGUUUUAAGAUAAGAUGUUGUAUUGCUCCGAGUGUCCUAUGUUUGCUCCUCAUCUUCAUCCUCAACGCUUUGCUCCCGUCAUCACGGCGAGAGUGAACGCCUGAAGAUUGUCCACACGUUGGUUUGACAGCACAGGCAGCCAUCCAUCCUCUCUUCUCCCCACCUCCUUCUCUUAUCCACUCACUGCUCACUCUUUGUUUUACAGCAAAAGGGCCAGCAAGUCUGUACAUUGUGAUUGUUGAAAUAAGUAUCUGUUACCUCUUGAUUACACAACAGAGGUCCUCAUCACCUGGAACAGUUCUGGAGAGGGGAGGGGAGGGGAGGGGAGAGAGGGCAGAUUGAAUAGUAAAUCAUCAUCUACUUGACACAGUACAGCUGGUACAGAAAACAACCGGUUUGGAGCAAGAAUAUAUUUAUAAUUUCUGUAACAUUUGUUUCUGUCCUCUAUUGUACAUAACAGAAGCUCUCAUUCCGACAAAAUAAAAAUACUGUAAAACAUGG